CCAAAGGUCGUGGCCGUGGCCUUCAUAGACAAAUACAGUAGUGGCAUGCAUUACGUGCGCAACGAUCCCGAUGUCACAGUCUUAUUUUCAGCUGAUUUCUCGCUAUUGACGUAGAAUCUUGAUUUCCAUCAUCCAUGCAAGCUGCCCAGGCUGUAGACAGAAACGACACUUGCGUGAAUAGGAAACCACCAUUCGCUCGGAUCCGAUCCGCACAGUACAAUUUCUUUCUUGAAUUCUUCCCAUCGGCCACCAGGCCAUGCCACUCCACAGGUUAGACGUUAGCCAGUACAGUAGUAGCGCUUAACUGUAAACAAGCUCUUAGCUUGUGCAUGCGGAUAUCGGAUGAACGAGUGGUUUCCAAAACCACGAUAUAGUCAUAGAAAAUAACCAUCUGGAAGUCUUGCUGGGGUUAUCAUUCAUGUACCUUUCCAGCGGACUGAGUUUCUGUCGAAUGAGAGGAACAUCUUGCACCAUGGAUGGAUUCUGCCUUCUCUAUCUGCUCAUGAUCCUUGUGAUGAGAUCUGGUGAUGUUGAAACCAACCCUGGACCAGACAGGAUUGUCAGUGAAAAGGAAUUCUUAAAGCUGUCCAAGCAAAUUGAACCUAGCCACUACCAAGAGGUGGGCAUUAACCUGGACAUCUCCAUUGCAGAGCUGGGGCAAAUCGAGAAAGAGAGCCAACAUACCAGUGAUGCAUUGAUGACAGUCUUCACGAGAUGGAGAGACAAACAUCCUCCGGGCACAGACAUCAGGGCUCUUCUAGCAGAGGAAUUAGAAAGAAGUGACUUAGGGUCCCUUUCUGGCAAACUACUUUCUGGCAGUCUAGUCCUGAAGCGGACAGGUGCACCUGUUACAAUGCCAGGAUCACAGACCCCACCACUUUCUCCUGACCUGAUCAAGAGAUGUGCAGAUGAUUUCAAAUUCAAAUACCGGACAACUCUUUGUAAGAUCAGAGCUGAUCCUCUCAACCCCGAUUCUAUUGCGCCAUUCAAUGACAUGUACACAAACCUUGUCCUGGAAGAGGAAUAUAGACAAAGCAAGCGACCACUUGAGUACAGGGAUCUCUUUGAUCUUAAAGUCAAUGGAGAGUUCCCCAAGCGGAUCAUGGUCCAGGGAGAGGCUGGGGCUGGAAAGACAACAUUCUGUGCUAAGAUUGCCUGGGACUGGAUAACUGAAAAUCCUGUUCUUCCAAAGUUUGUGUGGGUACUUGUUGUCCCUUUUCGUGAAGCCAAGCAAAACACAAUCGGUGAGAUUGCCAAGUCGUAUCUCUCAAAGGACAACCCAGCAACAGCCUGCCAGAUCACUGAGUACAUCCGUUCAAAUCCAAGACACGUAUUCAUUGCAUUUGAUGGAGUAGAUGAGAUGGAUGGCAAUAUUGUACAGCAAAGGAAAGCUGGUUCAAAGUCAGAAUGUCACCAGCCAAAGUCUGCUGAUCAAACCAAGGCAAGAUCAGAAUCCAAGACGAACAAGAAUAAGCGGCGAAAGUUACGGCAGCCAAUGUCAGGAAGCCCAUCAAGUGCCACUUCGCAGCCAAGAGUCAACAGUGCAGAGGCAAGUGGAAGUUCUUCAGAGAGAGGUGACAUUGCACUUACAGACAUUCUUCGUUCAGAUGAACUUGCCACCUGCCCGGUGUUGGUGACAAGUCGCCCAUGGAAGGUCACAGAGAUUAGAUGGGAUGAUAUUCUAAGGAACCAAUACACUUUCAUACAUGUGGAAGGUUUUAGCAAGGAGAAUGUGGAGGUUUACAUUCACAAGUACUUUCAAGAUGAUGGGGCCAAAGCAGAUCAGCUUAUCCAAUUAACCAAAAACAAUAACAUCGUAUCUAAGAAUAUGGCCCCGUAUCCUAUCUACAUAGCUAUGCUCUGUCUGAUGUGGAAAGAACUUGAUGAUGAAAAACAAGAAAAGUUUAAGUCAUUACGAACUUUUUCUCAAAUAUUUGAUGAAAUGUUUGAAUUCUUGAAGGUGCAUUAUGCUCAGAAAAAAAUCCCAGUUUUAGACAGCCCAUCUUUCCAAGCCUAUCGCUCUCAAAUUGAGAAGCUCAUGGAACCAGUUGCCAAAGUUGCUUUCAUCGGGCUACAAGAAAACACCCUUAGUUUCAAAGAAGGUGAUUUUGCACAGUGCUCAGACUCCAUUGAAACAGCUUGCAGAGUAGGGGUGUUGUCUCAGGAGAAAAAAUUGUCAUCUAACCUGUAUGAUAAGAGCAGUAUGUUCCUGCAGUCUACUAUCUUCUUUCCACACAAACUGUUUCAAGAGUACAUGGCUGGGGUCCAUCUUUCUUCCCUGUAUGAAUUAGAUCACAAUGAAUUCAACAGGCUGAUUGAGCAAGUAGUGCUGCCUAGAAAGGAAGAGUUUCGGUAUCUCCUGUACUUCACCGUGUCACGGGACAAAACCAUUGCAAAGCAUGUCAUGAAAUGCAUGUUACAGGGUGACACCUCAGGCCAUGAGGAGACGGAUUUCUUGGUUGAUGUAUCCUUUGAGAGUCAGGACCUAGAUACUGCAGCCUUGGUGAGGGGUAGAAUGUCAUCUCUGAGAAUAUGGCCAUUCAUGACAGCACACACAAUAGCAGGUUAUUUAUUCACUGGACUAGGUGUACAUAAAGAUAUCGAUCGUGGAGUAAGUAGAGAAUUUGGACCAAUUAUAUCACAUCAUAUGGCAGAGAUUAUAUGCUCUGUGUCCUCUCUAAAGCAUGUUACACUACGUGGAGCUGCCUUGCACAGUGACUUCUAUGCAGUUCUUGCUAAAGACGGAAACAAGUCCAAGGUCCACACUGUUGUGCUCGAGUAUGUUAGUUGUCCAACAUCAGCCUCUUCACAUUACCUAGCGGAUGCUUUGUGUUCCAUGCCAAACCUGACUGACCUGACACUAAAUGGACAGGAGUUCCAGGAGGAGUUCUAUUCUGCACUGAAUGCAAAGGCGUCAACCUUACAGGAUUCUUUUCCUCAAAUCAGUAAUGGAAAUUUCAGGUUCAAUGGAGUUCCCCAAGCGGAUUUUGAUUCAUUCCUGCAGUCACUCACUGACUUUAGACGGUUGGAUUUCAGCUUAGACGAGGAGGAAAGCGUCUCGGACGAGGAUGAUGACGUCGCAGAAGAGGAGGAUGGCGUCUCAGAAGAGGAGGAUGGCGUCUUGGAAGAGGAGGAUGGCGUCUCAGAAGAGGAGGAUGGCGUCUCAGAAGAGGAGGAUGGCGUCUUGGAAGAGGAGGAUGGCGUCUCAGAAGAGGAGGAUGGCGACUUGGAAGAGGAGGAUGGCGUCUCGGAAGAGGAGGAUGACGUCUCAGACAAGAAGGAUCGCAUCUCGGACGAGGAGGAUAAAGUCUCAGACAUGACAAUCACUGGAGAUGCGUCUAAGCUCUUUGCGUAUAUGUUCGAGCCCCAGCCGAAAGCGAAGAAGGAAGGGGAGGACCCAGGGCAGGGGAGCACCUUUACAGCGGCCAACUUGAUCGAUGCCAUCAUCAUAAGAUCGAUCAAUCAACCAACGGGUGAGGAUAUAGAGGCCGUCUAUGAGGCGUCUCCUCGUGGUGGGAGUGGGUCGUCAGAUAAGUCAGCUAGCAAUCAUGGCUCAGAGAGCAUGAGCAUGAGAGGUGAAGGCUCACCUGUGCCAUCGUCUUCAACCAAUGAGGAACAAAGGAAGGUUCCUGAACCUCCAACUCUCAUAGCAGACUCCCCUGUAAGGAUUGAUCUGGAAUCAGAUGGAAUACUUAACAAACUAUCGAAACACAUGCCUCCCAGGUCUUACGCAACGUUAUGCACACAUCUUGGCAUCGGCUACGACCAAGCUGACGCCAUCCUAGCCAAGUUUAACAUGGACUACCAGAGAGCUACGAGGGAUUGCUUGGCACAGUGGAAGACAAGGACAGGUGGUAAUAUGGCCCAGCUUAAGACUAUCCUACAGGAUGCAGAGGUUGGAGAUUUAGUGAAGUAUAUAUAGUAAUCAUGCGAAGCUUCCAACUGGGGCAAUAUGAACUCUUUAACGUGACACUGUGUUUAGGCUUUUGUUCAAAAUCGCAGGUUUAACAAAGAAACCGUGAAAUGACACCUGGCUGAAUUUCUCCCCAGAGAGUGGAGAAUGUGGAUACUUUGUGUGCAGGCAAGCCUAAAAUUACGACCAGAGUAAUGACAUUUCUUUAGGGCACUUAGAGACAUCAUAGAUGUUUCAAUUGCUAUAUAAAUCUAGAAUAUUAGUAUUAGUAUUAUUAUUAACUAAUUUGAGGUCUAACUUUCCAAUUUUUGUCUCGCCUGCGUAGCAAAAAGCGAGACAUAGGCGCCGUUUCUCCGGUGACGGCGGCGUCGG